AUGCUGGCGCUGGUUCUGGUGCUGCUGCUGCUGCCUCACAGUGUUGUCUGUGGGAUGCUGAAAGCAAAAUGCCCAUUGAACUUGAUUGAGGAUCUAAAUGAACCAAGAAAUUAUUACAGGCCAGGAGACCUUCUCAUUGGCGGAAUCCAAACUCUGAAGAUACCUUACUUGCAUCCAUUCACCUUUGAGGAGCCUCCGAUGAUCAGAAUUAACCAAUCUGCACAGACGAAAUACACAAUUGUCUUGUCCUUCCUGCUUGCCAUUCAGGAGAUCAAUCGGAAUCCCAGGAUCUUGCCCAACAUCUCUCUGGGCUACGACGUCUACGACAACUAUUUCAAUGCAAGGCUGACUUAUGAUGGCAUGUUGGACCUGCUCUUCCUGGGGAAGGAGAAUUUUCCAAACUACCACUGUGGAGGUCCGAAGAACCUGCUGGCAGUCCUUGAAGGGUCUGAGUCUCGAAUCCCCAUCCAGAUCUCCAGUCUGAUGGGCAUCUACAAAAUCCCACUGGUCAGUUAUGGGCUCGUUUCCCACGUUCCACAUGAUCCAGCUCAGUUUCCUUUUCUCUACCGGAAGUUUCCAAAACAGGAACAACAAUACCUGGGGAUUGUCAAACUGCUGCAGUAUUUCCAGUGGACGUGGAUCGGUCUCAUUGCACCAGAUUCUGACAAUGGAGAACAAUUCAUGAAAAUCUUCCCUGCUCUGGCCAGCAAGGGUGGCGUUUGUGUUGCCUUCUCAUUGAGCAUCCAACUCCACACUUUCCUAAAGAACAGCCGUCUUUACAACACUUCCAUGGGUGAUGCAUCUUGGGAUGAGAAUGGGGAUGCUGCCGUGAAUUCUGAGCUCUUGAAAUGGACUAGAUUCUCCAAUGGGACUACUGUUGGAGUGAAAGUGGGGAGUGUUGAGAGACAGGCAUCCCCAGACCUCAAGUUCACCAUUGACCAGGAUGCCUUUCUGUUAAACCAAUCCCUGCCCCGUUCCAGAUGUACUGAGAGCUGCCAGCCAGGAUUUGCCAAGAAGGCUCAGGAAGGGAAGCCAGUUUGCUGCUAUGACUGUGAUCCAUGCCCAGAAGGGACAAUCUCCGCACAGGAAGAUGCAGAGCAUUGUGACAAAUGCCCAGAAGAUAAGCAUCCAAACAAGGACCAAACUCGAUGUGUCCCAAAGGCCAUAACCUUCCUCUCCUAUGAAGAACCUUUGGGGAUCAGCCUAGUUGUUUUUCCUCUCUUCUUGUCCCUAAUCACUGGUUUGGUUUUAGGACUCUUCAUUAAAUUCCUGGACACUCCUGUAGUCAAAGCCAACAACCGGGACCUCACCUACAUUCUCCUCAUCUCCCUCAUGCUUUCCUUUCUGUCCAGCUUACUAUUCAUUGGCCAGCCAAGGAAGGUGACCUGCCUUCUCCGACAAACCACCUUCAGCAUCAUCUUCUCGGUUGCCGUCUCUUCUGUGCUGGCCAAAACAAUCACUGUGGUGGUGGCCUUCAUGGCCACCAAGCCAGGGAACAGGAUGAGGAAAUGGCUAGGGAAGAGCUUGGCCAACUCCAUUGUCAUGUCUUGUUCCGCUGUCCAAGUUGUCCUCUGUGCCCUCUGGCUGGGAAUCUCUCCCCCCUUCCCAGAGUCUGACAUGCACUCCCAGCCUGCACAGAUCACACUGCAGUGCAACGAAGGCUCCGUUGCCAUGUUUUAUGGUGCCCUGGGCUACAUGGGCUUCCUGGCUGCCAUCUCCUUCACGGUGGCUUUCCUGGCCAGGAAGCUGCCUGGGGCUUUCAAUGAAGCCAAGCUGAUCACCUUCAGCAUGCUGGUGUUUUGCAGUGUUUGGGUGUCCUUUGUGCCCACCUACCUGAGCACGAAGGGGAAAUACAUGGUGGCGGUGCAAGUUUUCUCCAUCUUGGCCUCCAGUGCUGGGUUACUGGGCUGCAUCUUCAUUCCCAAGUGCUACAUUAUUAUAAUUCAGCCUAAUCUUAACACAAAGGAGCAUCUAAUGAAAAAAAUGAAUCAAUUACAUUGA